AUGGCGAUCAUUUCUUCCACACUCGGAUUCUUGUGUCAGACAGAGGUACUGGCACUGCUACUAAUAGGAGGGCUGACUUUCUUACUUUAUAAGAAACGGAAUGGUUCAGACUCUAAGACAGCCAAGAAUCAGCCCCCCACCUCCUCAAGUCCCGCCACAUGGGACGUGUCGCCCUAUAGCGAGGAGGACGAUACCGCCUCCGGAGGAACGUUAGCACACGAUUUCGAGCAAGAUGUGGCGCACAUUCCAUUCAGAAUGGAACGCCGUUCGCACGAGGAAAUGGUUGAGCGUUCUGAAGCAUUUUACACUCAAAUGAACGCUCGUCGUAGUUGCAGAUUUUUCAGAGACGAGACGGUACCACUGGAAGUCAUUCAAAACGCCAUUAGGACUGCAGGCACAGCGCCCAGCGGAGCGCACACGGAGCCGUGGACCUACGUGGUGAUCUCCAAUUCGGGCUUGAAGUCGCAGAUAAGGGAGAUAAUCGAGCAGGAAGAGGAAAUCAACUACCGGAAGCGGAUGGGCGUUAAAUGGGUUCAAGAUCUGAGUAAAAUAAAGACGACGUGGGUGAAGCCUUACCUGGAGAUCGCCCCUUAUAUCGUGAUCGUGUUUAAACAAGCUUACGGUCUGUUACCGAACGGCGAGAAAAAAGUCCAUUAUUAUAACGAACAGAGCGUGAGCAUAUCCGUGGGUGUUCUCCUGGCUGCUUUACAGAAUGCUGGACUUGCCACGGUGACGUCAACGCCUCUGAACGCCGGGCCAGCUCUAAGAGACCUCCUCAAGCGACCAAUCAACGAGAAAGUCGUAAUCCUUCUUCCCGUUGGGUAUCCCGCAGAGGACGCUACGGUGCCCGAUUUUAAGCGAAAGCCUCUCGACGAGAUUAUGGUUCACUUUGCUUGACAACAUUUUGUCAUUCUUGUACUUUAUUCUGAAACCAC